AUGGAGGUUGAUGUCCGACUGACGCGGUCGGCUGACCAGCCCUGGGGCUUCCGACUGAUCGGGGGAGUGGACUUCAGCAUGCCUCUUACCGUUGUCAAGGUGAUCCCCAACUCGCCAGCAGACCAGGCAGGUCUGCAGAACGGUGAUACAGUAUACCGCAUCAAUGAUGUCGACUGCUCCUCGGUGACCCAUGAUGACUCGAAGGAGAUCCUCGCCGCUGUUGGUGACAGCCUUACACUUGGAGUGGUGCGCGGCCUGUACGACCCGGUGCUGGACGAUUACGAGCCGUUGUACGAGCCGAUAGACCAGCCAGAUUCCGACCAACCAUCGCAACCGACUGAGGUAUCCCACCUUGAAAACCCCGAGAAAACCCCCAAUUUUGACAUACCCCCAGGCUUCAACCUCCCUACCUUCGUCUCCAACCCUGAUAUUAACCUUGUGGGUAAAAAACCCGAGUUUAUAGACGCGCAGAAGUUUGAGCUUUACAUUCCGGAGGUUUUGGGCAACCCUGAUUUAAUAAAUGAUCAGAGUUUUGUGGGUUCUCGCUCGUUAACCGCUUCGCCGUUUGUUGGUCAAACUAAGCCUUAUCGUCCGUUUUCUACUGAGCCUCUGGUCAAUGUUCCACCAUUAGAAGACCCGAUCAUCCUCAACCCGGAUUACCAAGAUGUCUUCGGAAGGAUUACCAGUGAAGAAUUCCUCCCAGCAACCCGGUUCAAGCUCCCUAUUUCGGAGCAAUACGAUCCUGAUGGUACGAAACAAAAGAUGAAACUGAUGAAAGACCAAAAAGAUAUCAAAACAACUGUUCAGUUCAAAGAAGAAACUUCGGUGAAGAAAGAGAUAUCAGAGAUGAAGGGAGAAGUAAUAUCUAAGAGCGAAGUUAAGUUUAUGGAACAAAUGAAGAAGGAUAUUGAUUUGGAGAAGAUAGAAUCUACCGCAUGUAGCAUUGUGGAUGAAAGUAUCGAAAAAGCUUUGACUGUAGCUGAACAGAUCAAGCAAGAGAUGGAUGUAGAACUCAGCGAGUCUUCUUUAAGCGAAGUAUCCGAAUUAAAAUCUCAUAAAGAAUCUACAAUAGUAGCAGAAUCUAAAACUGAAUCUAUUGAGAAAUCAGAAAAAUUAGAAGCUGCAACCGAAACAAAAAUGUCUAAAGUUGAAUCGGAAAUAUCUAAAGUUGAAUCUAAACAAAUUACUGUGAAAGAAGCUGCUGAAUUGGUUGAAUUAAUUGAUAAAACUACUGAGGAAAUUAUCAAACAAGACGAACGCAAAUCCGAAAGCAUUAUUACGAACGAAACGGAUGAUAAAAAACAAGAAUCUGUUGAAGAAAGGAAAAUAUCAGAAGCAUCCACUGUAGAUGUAGAAACAAGUGAAGUCAAAGCAUCAACAAAGAAAGAGGAGAAACGAGAAGUUGUCGAGGAGUCUGAAACAAGAGAUGUUCAAAGAAAAAUAUCUGUGCAAGAUACUAAAUCUAAAGUUGACCAAAGAGAUUUAGAAGAAAAAGUGACUAGAACACAAGCAGCGGUAAAAGAGGAAUCAAUAACUGGUACCAGGUACUCCACAUCAAAGCUGCUAGCUGAACAAAGGGCUUACGCUCUUGGUCUACAAACUAUACCUAACCUUAAAGGUACUGCGCAUUCUUCAUAUCAUUACAAUCUUCUUCUAAAAACGUUUUUCAUUCACUUAACAGAUGUGAUGGUAGCACUGUCCAGAUUUAUUCUAGCUGAACCAGUGUUAUCUCCUACUGUUGAAAGAGAAACGGUAAAAGCUACUGAAUCCACUGAAAGACAAGAGAUCAAAAGAGAUGUAGUUACGAAAUCUGUACAAGAAACUGUUGCUGUUGACCAACAAGAAAAGGUUAAGAAGGAAAAAGAAAAGGUUGCUGUAGCAAGAGUGACAGAACAAGAGAAGAUUGACAAAGAAUUAGAGGAAAUAGAAGAACGUAAAUUUCAACAGACACAGAAAGCAGUGACUAAAGACAAACAGAAAGUUGUCGAAAAAGAAAAAGUAGUAGAACGGCAGGUUGUUAAACAAAAGUGCCAGGCUGACGUUGAUGAUGUUCGUCGUGUCGUAGAACUGGAGGAGAGACGAAAUCUUUCCGGAUCUAGAAUGGCACAACUGACAGAAAAGAAACCUGGAGAAUUGAUGGAAAAAAUGGAAGCGGUUAUAACUGAAUUUGAAAGUAAAUCUAGUGGAGUAGAUGUUGCGGCUGUACGCGAGAGGAGAUCUAGAAGUCGCAAUGAAGUAGAAGCACCUGUAGAGUUUUCUGAAUAUGACACUAGAAGUCAAGAAACCACAGAACUUACCACAACUACCACUAGUGCCAUGUCUAGUAGUUAUAUGGAAUCUAUGAGGAAAAAAACAGAAUCUAAACAUGUGACGGAGGAAUAUAUAACUGGACAAGCUACAGAAGGCAAAAAUACCUACGUAGCUAUAGUUCAAGCUCAUGUUUACACUAACGAAGACGCGAUCUUUGAUGAACAUAUCGACAUAUCUAAAACAGCAUCUAUUGCCGAAGAAGUGGUCACUCAAAAAGCUAUUGAAGCUAAGGCAGAGAAAUCUUUGGAAAUAUCUGCUGCUAAGAAAGAAGAAAAAACUCAAGUUGUAGAAAAGGCUAAAGAAAUUGUAGCAGAAUCAAAACCAGUUAAAAUGGAACCAAUUGCAGUCCAGGAGAAAAAGGUAGAGAAGGUCCAAGAAGUGGUUGUUAAAAAAGUGGAACCGGUAGCUGAAAUUAAAGAAGCUAAAUCAGUUGUUCAAGAUUAUAAGGUGGCUGAAGUGAAAGAUAGCAUGGCAGUUGCCGAAACUAAGAAAGUUAUUAAACAUAAGGAAGAAGCUAUUGCUACUAAAGAAGAAAAUGUUUCUGUAGCUAAAGAAUCCAUUUCAAGUCUGAAAGAGGAAUCUGUUGCUAUUAAAAAAGAUAUUAAAGAACAACAUGUAGCUAAAGAAGAAAUAUCAACAGUGAAGGAAGAGAGUUUAGCUUCGAAAGAAGAAUCAGUUACUAUAAAAGAACAAUCUGUUUCUGUAGCUGAAACAGCUACCACUAAAUUUAUAGCUGAAGAGAAAGUUGCUGCUGUGAAACAAGAAGUUAAAGCUGUAGACUCAGUAAAAGAAGAAGCAGUAUCUAUCAAAUCAGAGACUGCUGCCUCUAAAUUUGUAGCUGAAGAAAAAGUUACUGCCGUGAAAGAAGAAAUAAAAGCUGUGGAAUCUGUUAAAGAAGAAUCUGUAACUGUUAAAGCUGAAACUGCAGCUUUGAAACAAGUUGAAGCUGUCAAAGCCGAGGUUUCCGUUGUCAAAGCACAGGCAAUCGCUGUAAAAGAACAAGAACAAACUGCAGUUAUAGAACAAGUAAUCCUGGAAAAAGAAAAGAUAAAACAAGAACCUGUUGCUGUAAAACAAGUGAUUGACAAAGUAGAAAAAGACGAAUCAGCCGCUUUGAAAAUAACUAAGGAACAAGCGAUUGAACAGGCUAAAACAACAGUAGAAUUGGACGAAGAAAUAAGCGUAUCAAUGAAGAAACUUGAAAUAAACGAAUUUGAAAGCAAGUCCCGUGUUGAAGAAAGCUUUAAAUCCCAACAUAUUGAGCAAGAAUCCACAUUUGCCGCGAAAUCUUUCGAAGCUAGGGAUACACAGAAGCUCUCUCUGCGCACUGACUUAGCUCAAAAGAUCGAAUCCCAAGUUUCCGUGCAAAGCGAACAAAAUAACGUUGAACCUACCACUCCUAUCGUUCCACCAACGCCUUUAACCGACGAAUAUGUAUUUAAACUUGUCAUUCCUUUACCCAAACGCGAAGGAGACCCCAUCCCAAGAGACUGCACUCCCUCCGAUGAUGAUGAAGACCCUGACAUUGUAAAAAGGGGCUUAGUUCCCCACAUAGAGGCUGAAAUUCAGGAUAGAGUUUUAUAUGACCCUCCUUUGCCAACACCUCCUACUAGCCCAAGAACACCAGGUACCCCAACCUCACCAAAAUCCCCAACGUACACUAAACCUGCACUAAAUGGAGGCGAGGCAUCGCUGGGGUUUCCAAAGCCUAGACCUGUGUACUUCAGGCCAGGGUUAAGAGGUGGUGCUCCACCUAAAACUUUGAGAAGGCCAAGGUAUAUUAAGCCUGGGUUGUGUGGCGGCGCUGACCGAGAAUUAACACAGGAAGAAAUUCUUGAAAUCGAAAGGAAAUCUUCUCUUCUCGCAUCAGCCAUCGACGAAACUAUCAAGAGCAUUGAAGAAUACAAAGAAGAAGUAGGAAUGGAGAACGGAGUCAAAGCUGAGAACUCUGACAACGGGGUCAUUUAUAAUGGCUACGCUAAAAUAGUUGAAACUAAAACUUAUGACACUACCACUAAAAGUAACACUUUCGAAGAAAUUCAAACGAAUUCCGUCGAAAUACGAGAAAUAACUAACGGCUCUGAUUCCAAAAUAGAAUUUAAAGAAACUAAAUCAAUUGAAUUAACCGAAUCUAAACCAUCUGAAAUUGAAUCGAAUGGAAAUGUUCAAUUAAAUGGAUCAAAAGAUGAUUCUGAGUCUCAACCAAUUAUAACUGAAGUAGACGAUGUAGAGAUGAAAGUCGAUACCCACACUUCUGGAAUGGUUGUAGGAGAAGAAACGAUUGUUAUUGAAGAGAAGAAAAUAGAAGAACAGAUUAUCAAAGAGGAGAAGGUACAAAUACCAGAGCAGAUAAUUCCAAACGACAAACCACCUGUAGAAGAGAAGUUAGUUAAAGAAGAGAAGACGAAACCAGUACAAGAAAUGGUUAUUAGAGAAGAGAUGAAGCCAGUUAAAGAAAUGGUCGUAGAAGAAGAAAAGAGAGAUCCGAUGGAAGGUUACAAGCCUGUACAUUUUGAUCCAGAGGAGCUACUUAAUGCACAGCGGGAUAGGCGUAUGCUCUACGCACAAGUUCCGCAAAUGACAGCCAGUCAAGAAAGGGACCUUUAUAAAACACCAUCUGGAGAGAUCAUUGGAACUCGUAAGGGCAUCGUCGAUGGCUUGGAAGAAGCUAUAGUAGACCCUGAUGUUGCUAAGGAAAUGGGUAAGCCAGGGAUUACGGAAGAGAAGAUAGCUGAACUUAUCUCCGGGGAAGCUGAGAUGUUGAGGGAGGCGCAUGUGAUGGGCGUGGACUUCAAGAAAAUAAAACCCACAAUUGAAACCCUGAAAGACUCCGAAGUCCUAAAAGCCCUCAAUGAAGAAAUGCUCAAAGCUUACGAAGAAAAGAAGAAAGAGGAAAAGAAAUGGACGACGUUCCUUCAAAAACCGAAGAGGCCGGUGCCGAAAGCGAAGUAUGGCUACGCGGGGAAUUUAGACAUUGAAGAAGAAAAAUUGGAACCGUAUAAAGUGAAAAUUGUUAAACAACCGAAACCAAAAGUAGCUCCUGAUUACAAACCAAAGAAUUUCAACACGGGUCUACUUCCGUGGGAAGAGCGCGCCCUGAGGGAGCCGACGCCGCCACCGGUGGAGCCUGAGGAACCUAUUCUGAUCCCAGAGGAAGCCCCGGAGAUUUUGGAGGCCGUUGACCCUUUGCCUGAGAGUGAGGUGCCUGAUUUGGAAGAUUCUGGCAUCCCACUACCACCCCCACCAGCCAAAGAACCAACCCCGCCACCAGAAGAGGCAACAGAAGAAGAGCAGCCAGAGGAAUUAGACAUCGAAGCGGUGAUAGAAGAGACAGAGAAGAUAGUGGAGGAGAACUUGGCAGAAGAGAUGGAAAGAGGGAACAUUGCCGAGCAAAUCAUGCAGAGUGUGCAGAAUAUGGUCGAUCCCAACGCCCCUCUAGACGAGCAGCUCGCUCAGAUGCGCGCCCAGCUGGCGGCGCUUGCGCAGCUACCUGGAGUCAUCCAGCAAUCUCUGGAGCUCGUUACUCGACAGCUCAGUCAACUUAGCUCACUGGAAACAUCCCAACUGCAAAUCCAGGACAGGAAAGUCUCUCAGAGUGCAGCUGGCCAGGAAUCCGAAGUGACCCAAAACGGGACCUGCACGAUUGAAGAGAUAGAAUCCACUCAAGCCGAGCCUCAGAGCCCCCAAGCCGACACUCAAGCUUUGCAAAUCGUGACUCAAGACCCCCAAGCGGACGCUCAAACCCAUCAAGCCGUGAAACCAGAGGUCUUAGCUGCUGAAACCAAGCCGACCAUCUCUCCUGAGGAGAUAGAGCAGAUGAAGAGAGAAGAAGAAGCCAUGCUGGAGGAACAGAGGAAGAUGGAAAAGCAGAAGAAGGAACUUAUGGAGCAAGCGCGGCUGGAGCACGAAUCCCGGCAGGUCAAGCAACGACCGACUCCAAGAGUGGGGAAGCCCAAACCUGUAUUUGGGCCGGCGGUGCCCCAGGAACGCCCCUUGGUGCUCCCAGGAGGCAGGAAGUGGAGAAAACCCAAGGACGCCUUCAAUGAACAGCUGUUUGCCGAAACAUUCGCCGCCCAAACCGAAGUCAUCGCUGGGAAAGCCGAAGGGUUUUCAUACGAAAGCGUUCUACUGCCAUACGACCCGAGGAUCAACUUUAUGAAAUACGAAAAGCCUCCCGUCUCGCUCGAUCAUCUGAAGGACUCGGACGUUUAUAAGAUGAUCCACAACAUGGAGCAGACGCCGGCGAAACGAGUCGAGAUGCUGACGCCCGUCAUGGCUGAGGUCGACUAUAGAGAGUUAGAAGUGUUGGUGGAUUUUGGUGAACAUCCAGAUGAGAAGCUGGUGGAGAAGACACUGAACUGCCUGAAGAGCCAGGACCAGGUGGAAGAUGUACAGUUCAAAAACGGAGCCAUCGUUAUGGAGACCACAUUGCCAAGCACAGUGGUACUUGAUAUAGUCACUAGAUCGUCUGGAAAGCGUGCGGUCCUGCAAGGGUUUGGUGAAAACCAGUCGGCGGUUGCGAUGAUAGCAUCUCACUCGUGCUGCAACGGGCGCGUGAUGGGUGUGAUCAGGUUCCAGCAGUGUCCUGAGGGGCCGCUGGUCGCCGACGGGACCAUCGAUGGCCUGGACCCAGGGGAGCACGGGCUGCACGUCAGGAAUUCCGGGGAUUUGAGCAUGGGUUGUUUAUCACUAGGAGACCACUACAACCCCCACGGCAGUCCCUCCCACGGAGGUCCCAACGACCCCAAAGAAUGCAGACAUGCUGGUGACCUUGGAAACGUUGUGGCCGACGAAACUGGGCGCGCUUGCUUCAGGAUCAUGGACUGUGUGCUAAAUGUGCAAGACAUAGUGGGCAGGUCAGUCGCUGUAACGGAGAGGUGCGAUGACCUCGGCCGGGGGAGCGAUCCCAGGUCCAAAGUCGAUGGGAACAGCGGGAAACCAGUCGGGUGCGGUAUCAUAGCAAGAUCGGCUGGUGUUUUCCAAAACCCAAAACGUGUUUGCCUGUGUGAUGGUGUGGUUGUGUGGGAUGAGAAGGACAGACCACUAGCAGGCAAGGGUCGGAGGCAAGAGAAACCAGCCACCUGCUGUUGCAAACACGAUGAGAAGGAAGAAGUAAAAACAAUGUCUGCAGGUCCUGGCGGUGACGAUGGCAAGAAGAAUAUAAAAUACUGUAAGAUGUAACUUGCAUAUGUACGGACACGAGCAUUUAUAUGUAUACACUCUGGUACCAUGUCACAUUAACUUUUUUGACAAAUUGAACUGUAAGUCUCACUAAAUGUCAAAUAUGUUAGUGCGAGUCCUAAAGUGGAUACAUUAUAUUGCUCAUGAAUGUAGAUUACGGAGCGAUGAGGAACUUUCCAAGCUACGUUCUUAUAAAAAAUAUAUAGAUGGCGUUGUCGAGAUUUGAACUGGAAUAGUUUACCCCUCUAGAGGUGUCCUACAAUCUGAAAAAUACAAAAGUAAUUGGCUGCUUGACAGUUGUAACAAUAAAAUAUGAAAUAUGUCGGAUGUGGUAAUUUAUCAUUUAAUAUAAUAUCUUUUUAAGAUUAUUUUUAAAAAACAUUGUAAAAAAAUAUUUAUUCAGAAACAAUAAUAAUAAAAAACAGAAUGUAAAUCCACCACAGGCUUCGUCAGUACCAACAUUCAUAUUUAAACAAAAAAAAAAUAAGGGAAAGCAUAUUCAAUUCAUACAUAAUAAAAUCCGCACAAGCUUCGUCAAAAGUCAAGAGUCGUAAAGUCAUUUUUAAAUAUUUUAACAAAACACGAAUUCGAUUUUUAUCGGUGUGUCACAAGGCCCGAAACACGGGCGGCCAUGAUUGAGCGUCGUGUGACGUCACAUAUCACAAAAUAAACAAAAACUAUCUGUCAGGUUUCAAGUUACUACUGUUUGACAGUUUCUUUGUUUGUUGAAAUGUGACGUUACUGGGCGAAAUAAUAAAAUAAUAAUAAUAAAAACGUUUAUUUCUUCUUCUACAAACAAUCUUAUAAACUACCAUACUAACAAAAAUAAUAUUUAAAUUGGGACCGUAUGCAGAAGACAGGAACCCAAACUAGGUUGACCCUGGAUCCUGGGAUCCUGGUCUCCCCCCACGAACCACAUUUCGUACUCAUAUAAAAAUAUAAUAAACAUUGAAAAUGUGUGUAUGUGUUUGUUUGAAAUGUCACGUGACCAACCGUUUUCGCGAGAAAUUUAAAAUAAAUUAAAAUUGUAUGUUUUUUUUCUAUUAUAUUAAGCUUUUUCGAGAAAAUAAAAUAUUUUAAAAGGUAUAAAAUAAACGUUUGUAAUUUUUAAAAUGCUUUCCGAAAACAGUCAAGUAGCCAACUACCUAUUUGCUCAUUACUCGAGUACAUUACAAAAUACAAUAUAAUGGCAGAAGUAUAUAUUAAAAGAUUGUUGCUUUAUAUUUAGAUCACAUUAUGUAUAGAAUUGCUGCUAUAUUGCCUCUAUUUUGAUCAGAAUAAUAAUGGGUGGAAGAUAUGUUGUGCCUGGUUGUAAUAACAAGGGUCAUCAUUUAUACCCGAAAACAAAGAUAAAAGAUGCAUAUGUCUAUUAUCCAUGGAAUUAGAAGUUUAAACGAAGGCAAAUCUGUACAGCGCCAUCUAUAUUUAUUUUGCAACGUAGCCUGCAAAGUCAUGAU